AUGAAUCUGUUGCAUCAUCAUCGUUAUGUUUGUUUUCAGUUUAGGAAGAGGGACAGUCACGGUCGCAGUCCUAAUGGUAGUAAUAGUGUACUGUUAACAAAUGAGAAGGCGGAGUUGAGGCUGAGGAUGAGAUGCAAAUCGGAAUGUGAUGGGGAUAAAGAAGUGGCAGCACGAGACAGAAUAAUAACAUUCGGGAAAUAUAAAGGGAAGAUGAUGGGAAGCAUUCCGUCGAGGUACCUCAAGUGGGUGUCCAACAAUUUAAGAGCGGGGUAUUUUUUGGAGUGGGCAGAGCUCGCAGACCAAGUCCUUCAAGAUCCAAUCUACAGAGACCGCAUGGAGUGGGAGUUGGCUCUCAGUGUCUUGAAUGGUGACACUCACAGUCACACUCUCUCUUCUUCUUCCUCUGCGGUCUCCGAGCUGCUCGACAUUAGCGACAGGUUUGAUUGGGAUAACCAAGACAAGCUUGGUUGGAGCAAAGUCGAUUUUGACCUUCUCGGCACCACCAAAGGCGGUAGAAUUCCUAGACGACUUGCACCGCUCAAUAAUCAGUCUCACCCAUCCGCCUCCAUUACACUAGCCAAGUCAACGACAAGGAGGAUGCAGAGAAGAGAGAGGCAGAGGAACACGAGUUUGAGGACACAAGAAGUAUACCACCACCAGCAGCCGAAGAACAUGAAGAAUGUUGAUUAUGUUGAUAAUGGUGGCGGGGAGAUGGUGCGGAAGAAUCAGCAUCCGAACCAGAAUGUGAUUGCCAAUCCUUUCCCGGGACGUCAGGCACUCCUGGCACACUACCACCGUGCACUCAAGCACCACAAGAAGCUUACUGUUAAUAUUGAUCAAGACUGUUGA